AUGACCAUCGGUCCCUAUACUCGGCAUAACAAGAUCGGACAAGGGAGCUUCGCGACGGUCUACCAGGGUGUACAUACGAAAACUCGCACCUUUGUAGCCAUCAAAUCCGUCAAUCUAUCGAAGCUCAACAAGAAGUUGAAGGAUAACCUUUCCUCCGAAAUCGAUAUUCUGAAAGACCUUCAUCAUCCGCAUAUUGUCGCCCUCAUCGAUUGCCAUGAGUCUACAUCGCAUAUUCACUUGGUCAUGGAGUUCUGCGCUCUCGGGGACCUCUCGGCUUUUAUCAAGAAGCGGGACACCUUAUAUGACCAUUCCUCUACCCGAGAUAUGAUUGCCAAAUACCCUAAUCCACCCGGUGGAGCCCUCAACGAGGUUGUUGUUCGACAUUUUCUCAAACAGCUCUCGAGCGCCCUUCAUUUUCUGCGUGAGCGAGAUCUCAUUCAUCGGGACAUCAAGCCCCAAAAUCUUUUGCUUUGCCCAGCGCCAACCUCAUACCGGAGUGGAACCGCUCCGGUCGUUCCGUACAAAGGCAGCGAUAAUUCUUAUGAACCGAUAACGGGCUUGGAGACGCUGCCGAUGCUCAAAAUUGCAGAUUUUGGGUUUGCUCGAUCUCUGCCUGCCACUUCAUUAGCAGAGACGCUAUGUGGCUCGCCACUUUAUAUGGCGCCCGAGAUCUUGCGAUAUGAGAAGUAUGGACCAGAGGCUGAUCUCUGGUCCGUUGGUACGGUGCUUUAUGAGAUGGUGGUGGGACGUCCUCCUUUCCGAGCUACGAAUCAUGUCGAACUACUUCGAAAGAUCGAGAAGGGAGAAGAUCGAAUACGAUUUCCUGAGGAGAACCCGGCGUCGGAUGAUAUGAAGAGGCUGAUUCGAGGACUUUUGAAGCGCAACCCUGUGGAGCGGUUGAAUUUCCCCGAGUUCUUCAAAAGCAAUGUCAUUACGGACCCCAUUCCAGGUUUGAUCGCUGACGACCUGCCCCGAAACCGUCGGCAUACCUCUGCAGAGCUUGGACGUGGGCCAAUGCCGUACCGGACAGAAUCUCGACCUGGUCAAGUCGCGCAUGAUCCCAAUGCCGGGAGAGAUUCGCCUUAUACUACUGACCAGGAGGAACGUAUCACAUAUCCGCCUCCGCACCGGCCAAAGCCCACUCGGGAGAAGUCCGAUACUCCGCCCAGUGCUUCACCUAUGCGUCGGGUGGGAAGCGCUGAUCAGCCUUCAACUGGUGUUUUGAGAGAGACUCCACGGGGUGGGACACCGCCACAACGGCCAAGUGUAAUCACACACGCAACGGCACCUGGCCGACAGGAACUUGUCGAUCGGAAUACACCAACAGCUGCAAUGGAACGACAGAGAAGCCGGAAAACAUAUUCCGGAACGUCAAAGCCCAGUCAGGACGAUCGAACGGCGGAGGAGCAGGAGCGGGCAGCUCAGGAGGUGGCAUUCGAGCGUGAUUAUGUGGUGGUUGAGAAACGGGCGGUCGAAGUUAAUGCAUUCGCGGACGAAUUGGCUCAUAGUCCUCGGAUCCAAGGCGGCUUUGGUCGCGGCCCAGGUAGUUCCGCACCUCGUCGUGCAACUACGCAAGGGCUCCCGACUGUGGCCUCGACGUCUCCGCAUUACGCUUCCAAGGCGAUGCAGGUCAUCCCUGGGCGUGCACGAGCUGACUCUAUUCACCAACGCCAACACUCAUACGAGCGACGGUAUGGACAAAGCCCGACGUCGGCGACGUCAGCGAUUUCAAAGGCUCUUAACAUGGCCAGCGGUCGCUUGUUUGGCAUGGGGUUCUCACCACCUUUGGCAAUCACCAAGGGUGGGCGAUCUCCGCCUCUCGCUUACAACCCCUUCCCGGCUUACCCUGCCGCACAAGCAAGUUUAAUGCUGAUGGGCGAUGGAGCCAAGACCACCGCAGCUGUUGAUGAGGACUGCAGGACGGUCCAGAUCAUCGAAGAAUGCGCUACCCGUAGUGAUGUCGUCUAUGGGUUUGCGGAGGUCAAAUAUAAACAGCUUAUUCCACUGGCUCCAUCGGCCCCACCAGAUCCAUCUGCGCGACAUAUUGUUGGUGGAUCCGAGGACCCCAAUGAUUCCACCGAUGAUGGGCUAACGGUCGACGCUAUCGUGACCCUCUCUGAGGAAGCCCUGGUUCUUUACGUGAAGGCGCUAGCUCUACUGGCCAAAUCCAUGGAUAUUGCAGGUGCUUGGUGGACACGCAAGAACCGGGAGGAUACAUACGGAGACUCGUCGCACCGCGGUGAUAACAGUGUACUCGCCGGCGCUCGGAUCAAUAAUGUGGUGCAAUGGGUCCGAAGCCGGUUCAACGAAGUUCUGGAGAAAGCCGAGUUUGUGCGUCUGAAGCUUAUCGAAAGCCAGAAGCGGUUACCUCUCGACCAUCCUAGUCAUCCGGAUAAUCACUCGGUUGGCUCGACCGUUGCCUCGAGUGGAUCCGCCGACGUGGUGGUGAGUCCUGGGGUUACGGCUGAAAAGCUGAUGUACGACCGCGCAUUGGAGAUGAGUCGCACCGCGGCUAUCAAUGAGUUGACUAGUGAGGAUUUGGCUGGAUGUGAAAUUGCCUAUGUCACUGCCAUUCGAAUGCUGGAGGCGGUGCUUGAGGAUGAUGGAUUGCACUCGUCUUCGGGUCAAUCCGGUCAUCAGCAGCACUCUUCUCACGGCGGUGACAAGACGUCGGUGGAUGGGCUACAAGGGGAGGAUCGGCAAGUGGUAGUCAAGCUGGUAUCUAGCAUGCGCGGCCGCCUUGCCUCUCUUCGAAAGAAGCUCGCGAUUCUAGCAAAGCGGCCAACACCGACCAUGCACAGUGGUCGAAUGCCAUCGUCAAAUCUAGUUCCUGUAUCGCAUGCUACAGGUGCCACGCCGCCUCGAUGA